CAUGCGAUUGGCCCACGAGGGCAACUUCAGCCGACUUUGUUCCUCCCCGCCCCCUGGUGGCUAAUUCAGUUGGCUGCGUAAUUUCAAAGCCACUUAUCUACUCAUAUUCAACGAAGAUGAAGUUUGUUUAAUUUUGCCUACGAGGGUGACUGCGCAGGGGCUGAAGGUAAAAUGGGAGAAACGCCGCAGAUCAAGCGGGGCUCGCACGAGCCAAUCCGCUGUAGGGCGUGUUGCCAUGACAACAGCGCAAACGCCACUCCCAGAUUCCAGAACGUUCCCCAUGUGCUGUGGAGUUAUACUCUGGGAAAAGCAGUUGACUCCAUAAUUUUCCAGGAACUGGCUGGGAAUCAGCCCUGUUUCCCCGCCCACUACAUGACAGGCCUGGAGGAGGGGCCAGAAUCUCAGAGACAAACAGGUGUACCCCGUUCUCUCCCUGCUGCUAUGUGCUGCUCAUUCGCCUCAGCAGAACCUGCAGAGAGAGACAGCCUGUCCAAUCAGGAGAGAGAAGAACAGAGAGAGAACAGCCUGUCCAAUCAGGAGAGAGAAGGACAGAGAGAGAACAGCCUGUCCAAUCAGGUGAAGACCGAAACCUGCAAACCCGACGGCUCUCCAGGGGACCAGGGCUGGGGACCCCAGAUACAACUGGCGAAAUCUCUUCUGCACGGCCGAGGAACGGGCAAAUGCGGACGCAGCAGGUCCUUAAUUUCACAUGAAACAAUUACCAUUGGAUUGGUUUUCCUUCACCUGUGUGAGAACCUUUCUGACUCCUGUGGAAGCUUCUGGAACUGAGGACCCAGCGUGGCAGACUGAGGGCUCACUGAUGCUUUCAGCCUUCUGUGAACCAGAGUUAGUCCAGAUGCUGCUGUCGUAUUUCAGGCAGAAUCUCUCUGAAGAGUUAUUCAUAAAUAUUUCAUAAAACCAAGAUGACAAUAUUUUACUGCGUGCAAUUUCUGGCACAAUGUAAGAACCUGUGUUUAUGUACCUUUGUUUAUGUACCACCUGUGUUCACACUCACCCGGAGUUUGCUGGUGGCUGAAGAACAGAGUGAAAUACUGUUAUCCUGUGUUUUUUAAAUUGUGGUCUAUCACUGUUACAACUGAAAUAUGACUCCUGUUGAAGGGCCGGGACUAUAUUUAAUAUUUUCAGCUGUCAUUCUUUGCUGUCUAUUUAUGACACCGAUCUACUGCUUGAUUCAGCCAUAUUUUCUGGCUGAUAUCAAGCCGCACCUUCCUGGUAAUAAUGACAGUGUUAUAAAGUAUCGGUAUUUUA